CCUCUUAGUUUCACUCCCCCAAAAGAAUGCCUCCAAGAGGGAAUCGCACCAUUCUCCCUCGACCCAACCUGGCCACAGAGGUCAAGUACAGAGGGGUCAGGAAGAGACCAUGGGGUCGUUAUGCCGCCGAGAUCCGUGAUCCAAAUCGGAAAAUUCGUGUCUGGCUCGGCACAUUCGACACUGCAGUGGAAGCAGCGUAUGCCUAUGACGAUGCAGCGCGUGCGUUCCAUGGCGAUAAGGCCAAGCUCAAUUUCCCCAUCACGACAGAUCUCAAUUUUCCCAUCCCUACCAACAACAACAACUCUGUCCUGCGCAUUCCCAGCCAAGGAAGUACCUUCGAGUUCUCCUCUUCGGCACUGUUGAAUCUCACUCUCGCUGUUGUUGAUACUACACCGAUUGUUUCCUCCGUCGCCAUUAAUGCUAAUGCGGCCCCCGCGAGGGUUUUCAGCGUCGCUGCUGGUCACCCUCUAGCAUUCUUUAAUGACUUGACUCCUGUUGCCGCCGCCACGAGGCAAGGAAGAGAUCAAAGUGAAUCUGGGUCGUCAUCCACCGUGGAGAAUGAACAAGUCCUUGUAGGUCCAAAUCAGGUCAAUUUUGACCUUAACGCCCCACCCCUACCAGAUAAUGCCUAAUCUUUCUGUUCUCAAUUUAAAAUUGAGACUAGAGAGUGAUCGAUGAUGCUGAUGAUGUAAUUACAAAUAAUUAAAAUUAGACAAAACAUAGGCCUUUGUUUUCUCUGCUGAGGAAUUUCAUGUUGUUGUCAUGGACAUCGUUGUUAACAACAUGUAAAUGUAAUAAUGGCCUUUUUAUUUUCAUAUUAACAAAAAAC